AUGACCUCUCGGAAGAAGUGGAAGCCAGCUUUGAACCAGCUUCUCCAGUCGAAGCAGCCGGAGGAGACCCGAGCUCUGCACCUCGAGGACGGGCUAGCGGUGGUGGAACCCUCAGAAGGGUUCCAGGAUCCGGAGGAGAACCGAGCUCUGCGGCUGAAGGACGGACUGGCGGCGGUAGAACCCUCGGAAGGGUUCCAGGACACGUCUCCGGCUACGAGUUCGCAACCAGUCGGCAUCGCCUGGAACUACUUCGACGAGCGAGGCUACGUCGCGGGCGGCGGCCUACGCCUGGGUGAGGAUCCUUACAACCGCAACAAGUUCAACCAGGCGGCCUCGGACCGGUUAGCCAGCAACAGGGACAUCCCUGACACCAGGAAUCCUGUGUGCCGGAAGAAGACGUACCGAGAAGACCUUCCAGCCACGAGCGUCAUCAUCACCUUCCACAACGAGGCCAGGUCCACACUGCUCCGCACAGUCGUCAGUGUUCUCAAUCGAAGCCCAGAGCACCUUUUGAAGGAGAUCAUCCUGGUUGACGACUUCAGUGACCACGCCUCUGAUGGGGAGGAGCUGGCCAAGAUCCAGAAAGUCAGAGUCAUUAGGAACGAGAAGCGGGAAGGACUGAUGAGGUCGCGAGUAAAGGGUGCUGACGCAGCGACUGCCGAGGUCCUCACGUUCCUGGAUUCCCAUGUGGAAUGCAACAAGGACUGGCUGGAGCCUCUCCUGGAGCGGGUCGCCGAGGACCCAACCCGGGUGGUCUGCCCCAUCAUCGAUGUGAUCUCCAUGGAUACCUUCCACUACAUCGGGGCAUCCCCGGACCUGCGUGGCGGCUUCGACUGGAACCUGGUGUUCAAGUGGGAGUACCUGACGGCCGACCAGCGUACCCGCCGUGCCAAAGACCCCUCCAUGCCUAUCAGAACGCCAAUGAUUGCUGGGGGAUUGUUCACCAUCAACAAACAAUAUUUCGAGAAGUUAGGGAAAUAUGAUAUGAAAAUGGAUGUGUGGGGAGGAGAAAACCUUGAGAUCUCGUUCCGCGUGUGGCAGUGUGGGGGCAGUCUGGAGAUUAUCCCUUGCAGCAGGGUGGGCCACGUGUUCCGCAAACGCCAUCCCUACACGUUCCCUGGCGGCAGCGGUAACGUGUUCGCCCGCAACACGCGGCGAGCUGCUGAGGUCUGGAUGGACGACUACAAGAAGUACUACUACGCGGCUGUGCCUUUAGCCAAAAACAUUCCUUUUGGAGAUAUCAGCGAUCGACUGACUCUCCGCUCGAAACUCCAAUGUCAGCCGUUCCGUUGGUACCUAGAGAACGUCUACCCCGAGCUGAAGGUUCCCUCCAUGGCAGACCUGGCCCUGGGGUCGCUCCAGCAAGGACCCUGGUGUCUGGAUACGAUGGGCCACGUGGCUGGCGGAACUGUGGGCCUCUACCCUUGCCACCACACCGGGGGAAACCAGGAGUGGACUCUCACAGAGGCCGGGCUGCUGAAACAUGGAGAGAUGUGCCUCACAUUGACCUCUACGGACCCGGGCUCCACAGUAGUCAUGAAGUCGUGUAACAACGGAAUCGAACAGAUGUGGGUACAAGUAUCCAAGAACGGGUUGCUGAAACACGCUCGGCUCACUCUCUGUUUGGACUCAGUCAACAGUAGAACGCUCGGGCUCACCGUGGAAAAGUGCAACUCCAAGUCCUCAACUCAACAGUGGCAAUACGUCGUCACCACUCUAUGAUAAGCAGCGGUAUAACUUCGGUGCUAAACAUCAACCUUGGGGUAGUCCCAAGUUGUCCCGCCAGAUUGACGUCAUUGGCUUAGAACUUGACAAAAAUGGGAUAAAAAGAGCUGUUGCGGAAAAAGGCUUACUUUUUCACUAUAUUUAGGGGAUGUAGUUACUUUAAGACUUUGGUUUGUAAAAUUUUGCAAGUUCGAUUUCAUCGAACCAAUUUACUUGAGCAUAACCCCACAGAAAGAAUUCCCACUGGGUUCACUCUGGUCUGCGAAGCUUCCAAAGCACGAGUGUCACAGUGGUCGGUUGCACGAUCAAUGCAACAUCAUUGUUGCGUCAACAUCAUUGUUGCAUCAACACCAUUGUUGCAUCAACAUCAUAGCUGCAUCAACAUAAUUGUUGCAUCAACAUCAUUGUUGCAUCAACAACUUCUAUCGAACUGUUCAAUAAGGUUCUAUCCAUGCCAGUGGCAUGCAUUAAGGUUCACUUUACAGAUCUUAAGAUUAUUAUGGGAAAAAACUUUAAAAUAUGUUCUAAACUCGCUUCGAAUUGCAACCGUGACUUCUCGGUUAGAGAGCCACAGCCUUAACUCUAUGUUUCGGCGAAGAUCCGAUAAUUUUAUCUCUUAGGCGGAGAUCCAUCUUGAACUAAUGUGUAGUCAUUAAUGUAUUCAACUAGUUGAGGGAUAAGCCUUUGCCCAAGUAGUAUGUGCCGUUGACCGUAGCUUUCUCGAUUAGGUAAGGUAUAUAUUUUUCAUUGGCAUCGCACAAAAUACGUCUAUGUCUCUUUUUAACAUAUUGCUAUCUUUUUUGAAAACCUUUCCGAUGAUAUGAAACACUGAUUUGUCACCACAAAUCAAUCAUUGAAUCUAUCUCCAACCCCACAAUCUUCUUACUAUAGUCACUAUAGCAUUUCAGUAUAGCCUUCCAGAGAUUAUUUUAUUAUUUUUAAAGCGUUUUUCAAUGUUUUUGCCGAUCAUAAAUACCCGUGGUCCUAUACCAAUUUUUCUAAUAAACAAAAGUAAAGUCAUCCAGAAACAGAUUUUCAACAGUAAACAACUGUUGAAGUAAAACUUUUAUUGUAUUAGCUCAUUAAUACCAACUCGAGACUGGUAUAAAUGAUACAGUUCCAAUUGGCCUAUAUUGAGUUAUAAAUUGUAUUUUUUCGAAUGAAGAUAUUAUUGAUCUAUCUAUAGAUUUUACCAUUUUAUUCACUACUGUUCCGAGUUAAAAUUCAUUUUUAUUCCAAACAAUAGUUAUUGCCUCAAGUUUUUUUUAAAUAAUCGUGUUAAUACUUAUUCUAGAAAGCAAAUUAACACACUUAUCACAAGUCCCUGCUUGAUUUACAAGUACGUGAUUUGUGCCCAAAGAUAUGAGGAGAUAACAAGUAAAGCCAGUGACGUCAUCCUGAACGUAAGGAACACCAAUACGGGUCACUAGUCAUAGUGCGUAGUUACCCCGGGAGUCUGGUGGUGGGGGGACUUGACUUUCAGCUUGUUCGGACAGCGGUCACACGUUCUCCACAGUAAAGAGACGUUAGGAAAUUAUUUUAUAGAAAGUAUUAUAAAUGUAUGUACCUCAUAUAAAGUGCCUUUUGCAAUUUGUUUCCUCUGUGAACUCGACAUUUCUGAACAACACGGAACUUAAUUUUGCAUGGAAUUCCGUUUAAGUUGGAUCAUUAAAUACGCUUGUACGUUGAAGAAAAUUAUUGUAAAUAAAACCUUGAGCAUGUUACCGAGUUAAAUACAGCUUUUCCUCCUUGAGUAACCUAGAAAACCUCUACUGUACUGUAUUUAAAUUUUCUUUGCUCUCGACGAAUAGCAACAGAAUUAUCCGCCAGUUCUGAGAUUCAAGUCCCAACCACCGCCAGUUCUACCAACUAUCCAAAUAACAUCACUGAGGAAUAUUUUGUAGUUUUAACUCAUUAAUUUAAGUCUCCUUAUAAUUUCUUUUUACCAUUCCAGAACGUCUUCUCGCAAAACGCCCUCAAGCGUUCAUUUCCUUCAUCUUGUGGUUCCUUUUUAUUUUAUACCUAGUCUUCCACUUUAGCUUCCAAUUUAAUUUUUCUCUAAUGUUGUAACUAGUUUACCAGUAUUACUGUUUUAGAGUCAAUUUUGAGUCACACAUAAAACAACGUGGUUCGUUUUAUGUUCAGUUGUUAUUGCUACUAAUCUUGCCUGUUUUGCCGCAUAAGAGACUCUAAUUUUGCGAACACUAUUGCAUGUAUCGACAAUAAAUCUUGUUUAACAGGAAGGUUUUGCGAUUUUCUUGUUUAAAGAAAUAGAUUUUUGUCACGUUUUUGUUUAAAAAAAAAGUAACUUUACAAAGUCUAUUCAUUAUAACAACACGUUAUUAGUUAUUCUAAAGUUAUUAUUAUGCUGUAAAUCUAUUGAUCAUCCCUUUGGGUGAUUGACAAUUUUAAGGUUAGUUCCUAAGGGGUAAUAUUGAUAUUUGUUAUUGAUUGUGUUAUUAAAAGGUGAUUAUACUCUAUUCCUUUUCAUUGUAAUAAAGACCGAGUGAUAGUGUAAAUAGUAAAGCAUUUGUAUGUUAUACCAUUUCUUGCGUUUUAUAUAAAAUGUACAGUGUAAAUUGCUGUUGUAUAGGUAUGUUGUUAUUUAGUGUAGGAAGGUGCUGUUUUUAAUAUGUAUAGAAUACUUUUUUAAUUGUUGUAUAUAUUUAUCAUUUAUUUAAAUUACAUAGGUAGUUUGUAACUGGACCGUGUUUUAAUAAAAUAUCUGUUUGGUCGAGAAUAGGUUUUAAUUAUUUCUAUUAUUCUAUAGAUUGUUAUCGUGUAUCAUUGUAUCCUUAAAAGUCAAUUCUAUUCUAAUUUAAAUGGUUGGUGCACAUUUCUCUUUUGAACCUUUUUAUUUAAAUAUGUUUAAUUUACAUGCAAAACAACUAUUUCAGUAUUUUUACAAGUAAGAUUGUAUUCUUUCAUGAGUUGAGGAAGGUAACCCUUGUUAUCCACUCCUAAGCAAAGUUUGACUUAGGUUAGAAAUAUUUUACGAAAGUAACCUUAAACUACAUAAGCUGCAAAUGGACAUGUGGUGGAUAGCACAUACAGUUUUAGUUACAUAGAAUAUUUUUAUUGAAAAUUUGUAUUUGUUGAAAUGUAUUGGAACAGAAUGAAGCUCACCUAUCUGAACUUUAUCAACUAAAUGUUGUUUUUAUUAAUUAAAUUUUUUGCUCAAAUAUUUGACGGAAUUGUUUUACUUCUAUGGAUUCUGUAUAUUGGAUUUAUCUUGCGCACAAUACGUAAAUGUAAAUAAAACAUUUAUAUUAGUUUAAAAAAUUCAACUAACAAUUUGUGUCAAUACAAGCUCAAGGCGUGAGAAGGCAACAUAGGGUGGGGAUCGACCGAACCAAGGGUAGAACAUGUUUAUCUACGGUUAAUAAAUGGUCAGUUUUAUAUAAACAUA